GUGCAGUGAGCAGUUUGAGUAGUUUUGGAAACCUCCGUCCGUGCCAUCCCACUGCGAAUGGCAACCGUUUCAACCUUCAUGGCUUCAACUCCCAGAUCCGACCCCCUAGGUCGGUACUGAAGCCGGCCGCCGCGGGUGACCCACCCACCCCAGCAUUUCCCCUUCAGAUCCCCAGAUCCCUCCCUGCCAUGGCCGCGCCUUGCGCCGGCCUCCACUCGUACUGCCACUGCUAGCGCCAUGGCCGCAUCGGCCGCCGCCUUCAGGAGCCCGCUCCUGUGGCUCUUCGCCCUCGCCGCCGUGCUCUUCUUCGCCUCCUGGUACCUCCUCCUCGACUCCGCCGCCGCGCCGCCGGCACGCCACCUGCACCAGGGGCCCCGCCUCGGCGGCGGCCGGCGCUCCGGGAAGAAAUGCGACCCGGCGGAGGCGCUGCUACGGGUGUUCAUGUACGACCUGCCCCCCGAGUUCCACUUCGGCCUGCUCGACUGGAAGCCCGCGGGAGGGGGAGCCGGCGGCGUGUGGCCGGACGUCAGGGACGGCGUGCCGGAGUACCCCGGCGGCCUCAACCUGCAGCACAGCAUCGAGUACUGGCUCACGCUCGACCUCCUGGCCUCCGAGCAGGGCGCGCCCACGCCCUGCGCCGCUGUGCGUGUGCGCGACGCCGCGGCGGCCGACGUCGUCUUUGUGCCCUUCUUCGCCUCGCUCAGCUUCAAUCGCCACUCCAGGGUCGUCCCGCCCGCGCGGGACAGCGAGGACCGCGCGCUGCAGCGGAGGCUCCUCCGGUUCCUCGCCGCGCGGCCCGAGUGGCGGAGGUCCGGCGGGAGGGACCACGUCGUGCUCGCGCACCACCCCAACGGGAUGUUCGACGCGCGCUAUAAGCUCUGGCCCUGCGUCUUCGUGCUCUGCGACUUCGGGAGGUACCCGCUCAGCGUCGCAAACCUCGGCAAAGACGUCAUCGCGCCAUACCGGCACGUCGUCGGCAACUUUGCCAAUGACACCGCCGGCUACGACAACCGGCCAACGUUGCUCUACUUCCAAGGCGCCAUCUACAGGAAAGAUGGUGGUUUCAUCCGGCAGGAACUGUAUUACCUUCUGAAAGACGAGAGAGACGUGCAUUUCUCAUUUGGAAGUGUGGCUGGUAAUGGGAUUGAGCAAGCAACACAGGGGAUGCGAGCUUCCAAGUUCUGCCUCAACAUUGCAGGCGACACGCCAUCCUCCAACCGCCUCUUCGAUUCCAUAGUCAGCCACUGUGUUCCCGUCAUCAUCAGCAAUGAGAUUGAGCUCCCGUUUGAGGAUGUCCUCGAUUACUCUAAGUUCUGCAUCAUAGUGCGUGGUGAAGAUGCAAUCAAGAAGGGCUUUCUGAUGAAUUUGAUCAAAGGGAUAAGCCAAGAAGAGUGGACACGCAUGUGGAACAGGCUUAAGGAAGUAGAAAGACACUUUGAAUAUCAGUACCCAUCUCAGGCUGGUGAUGCUGUCCAGAUGAUCUGGAAGGCCAUAGCUCGAAAGGUACCCUCAAUCCGGCUGAAGAUCAACAGAUUACGAAGAUUUUCUCGGUUUGAAUCUAACAAAACAAAUGAGACUCCACCACAAUCUUCUUGGGUACAGAAUCAGGCCCCAUGACUUCAGAGUAUCGAACUCAGGCCUUCAGCGGCGUUCAAUCCUGUCGAAACAAGAGUUGAUAAUGAAGACUGAACCUGAACCGCAGACUGGGGGCAAAAUGGUACGGCUGCGGAGAUUAAUGGAGAGUAAAGUACACCUAAUACAUGUUAGCACCACAGAAUUACAUAUCACAGGGCAUAAUUUUUCUUCUAUUUAUUCUUUUACGUAUGUUCCACUAAAAUGUCUUUAUUAAAGAUUAGUUCUCGAUAAUAUAUCCGUAAAUUGACUGAGGUA